GUGAAAAGCUUUGUUAAAACCUGAAUACACUUAAGGUGACCAUGGCUUUGGUCAUUUUUAAGUUAAUAAUUUGUGUGCGUUACUAAGCACCAAUCUCGAUUACCAUUCGUAUGUUUACAAAGAAAUAAUUGAUUUUGCAACAAUAAGUUAUUCAUCUUUUAUAAAAUUGAAAUCAAGACGACAAAGAUGAAGACACAAACAACUUUAUAGGGAUCUAACUGAAGGACAUGAUUUGUUCCUACUGAAGGACAUGUGUGUUGAGAAAGCAUGAAUGAUGAGUCGCCUCUCCAGGGUGUGCCGAGAGGAGACAAAGAAAUAGCAGUGUUUGUUACUAAUAGGAGUUAUUAUGAAAGAAUUUCGAAGCAGUACAGACAAGAUUAAACAGCAAAAUGUUGUUCCAGGGACAUACAUGCAAGCGUAUGGAGUUCAAAGUGAAACUCGUCCAAAUGUUCUUUUUAAGCUAGCUUCCCACGAAGCCGCAUACCUUGAUGAAGUUGCUGUUUAUAAGAAACAUAUGGACAGAAAAAUCCGCGAUCUUUCCAGACACCAAAAACGUAUGCUGAAGAAAUCCCCAUUGCGACAAAUCUCUAAAAUGGUUCAUCCUAGUGCUUUAAGUGGCGAUGAUGACAAUGGGAAUAUAACGCCUAUUCAUCUACCGGCGAUUUUGAAGAUUCAUAAACAUGAGGAGAUCACAAUAGGAAGUAUUGAACAUUUUGCAAACCAAAGGAAGAUGCAAUUGAAACAAGCCGGGCUAAGGCGUCUUUAUAAAUCCAAAUGGAAAUUAGUCCAAAAACAAAUUCCGAAACUUGUCUCUUCUAACAAACAAAAGAAGGAAGAAAAUACAACAACACUUGUACGAUUUAAACUGUCCGAUAAGACAGAGAAAAGGGACGCAGAUGGAAUAUCAUAUUUAAAGGUAGAGAAGAAAGACAAAUCAACUGAGCCAAAGGAUAAAAAAAUGGAAAAGAAUGCAAACCUUCGCCCAAUAACUCACCCUUCUUCUAUUCUCAAAAAGAAGAAAAGCAAUGCUUUUCAUAUACCCAAGACUGCACCUGAUAAUUAUUUAACCAAACAAAAACAAUCCAAACUUCCCGGGGGUUUGCGGUUACCUCCACUCAAUGAAUUGGGCGCUAUUGAUUCACCAAAGAUUCAGCAUCCGCAUCCUGCUAGACUUUCCCCGCAAAGGAAAAGAGUCGUAUCGCUGGAUUCCUAUUUGGACGUUGGAAAUCACAAAAAGUACACUUCGAAUUCUAAAAGAAAGUCACUUCCAACAUUAAUACCAAAUGGCCAAUUGGCUAAGAAAAACAACAAGUCAAACGGAAACGCCUAUGAAAACCUUCACAAAAGGCAAACCGAUGACAAUGAAAUACAUGGAGAUUCAAAUGGGAAUAUAGAAAUGGACUCCCUUUUAAAAUCGGUUACAGAGCGCAGAAAUUCAAUUGAUCAGUCUGCUGCUGGUGAUGGAUACGAAAUGUUACAUCAAAUAGCGGAAAACAAAAGAAUGCAAGAAAAGACUUUAAACACUAGAAGAAUGUCAUGGAAGGAUGUUCUGCCCAAAAUUCGAGAAUGUUUGCAUUUUUCAAAGGACACAUCUUCAUAGUGGAUAUUUCUAUAGCACCAUAUAAAUUAAUCAUGAAUAAACUUAUAUUAGAAAGGGUAGGUUAGGUCUUAUGUCACAUUGGGGGACCUAUAUUUAUACCAUCGGGGAGGAUCUGUACAGUACUUACAUCAUAUGAGUGCAAGAUAAAGGAGUGGUAUCGAUAUGGAGAACUUUUUGAACACACGUUUCUCUUAAACCAGUCAUAAAAAUCUAAAAAUUUAACACAUCGUCAAUUUAAUGGUCAUCUUUUGAAUGGUAACAAUAUAAUUUGAAAAAUAUAUAUAUACUUUCAUCUAUGUUGUUUUAGAAAACACAUCAAACACUUGUUUUGUUCUUGGUAUCAUGUUUCCAGAGUGAAAUGAAACAUCUUUCCGAACCUCAUUGGAACAAAACGACAUAAACACAACAUGUUUAGGUCUCUCAAUAUUGUAAUUGUACAAGGACAUUUUGGUUGAUUUAAAAAAAGUAUCUUGUUGAUGAAAUAAAAGGUUUAUCUUGAUUUUUAUCUAUUUUGGGGGAUUUUGUUUUAAUUUUUUGAAUACUUUUUUAAAAUCAACCAAAAAUUUCAACUAUAUAAUAUUGUAUAACUAUAAUAUUGAGAGGUCUAAAAACAUGUGCUAUUUUGUUAAAAUAAGGUUCGGAAAGUCAUUUUAUUUCAUUUUCAAGAAUUGGUAGAAAGGAGAAAAACAAUUGCACCAAAAAACAAAAAAUAUUAACAAAAAUAGUAAUAUAAAAUAUUUCUAAAUAAUUUUCGCAUUAAAUUAUUGGUUCAAGAGAAAAACAUUGUUGAAUUCAGUUCUCCAUAUCGAUACCAUUCAUUUUAGAUGAGACAGGGCGUCGUGUUAUCACUAUAACUUUUGACUAGUGUGGGAUAAACAAACUGUUAUUGUGGUCCCUUUGGUAGAAAAAUUAUACUUCAUUUAGAUAUUUACUCCAUCCAAGUCUGGAUAGUCUGCGAUUAUGUCGAAUUUGAAAGUGAGGCAAUAUAGGUAUCGUAUGCAAAUCCAUCGUAUGCAAAUCUAUCGUAUAAACUCCCAAAUUCCCCGUCCUUGGCUGAUAAAUGUUGAUUUAGACUGCAAUGAACGAUCAAUAAAAUGUGGGCAUACUUGUUUAAUCAAUUUAUUACAUAUAAAUAACUAGUAGCCGAGACAACACAAGUCCCAAGUUUGUAUAUUUACUCUCAUUUCUUCACUUUUAAGAGUUAAGUCACCACAUUUUGCAUGCACAUUCCUUGGAGAAAUCCUAACAUAGAAUUUCAUUGGUUUUGAUUAUAAUUUAUUUGUUAAAUAUAGGGAAACAUUUGAUUUGGAUUGGUCUAUAAUCAAAAUUUUCCAUUUUGUGCAACAAAUGCAACAUUUUGAUGUUAUUAAUAAAACUCCAAGUUAUAAAUGACAGAUACAAUAUGCUGUCUCUAAUCUUAUUGACAAUAACUAUCACUAGUUAUUUUUACCAGUCAUCUGAUCGUGCAUUGGAAGUGUACCUCAAUGAGAAAUGCAUUCAUUGAUUGUGGCAGGUAGUGAAUUGUCAAAAGAAUGUUGGAGUCGCACCAUUAUUUUGCUGCAUUUUGGUGCUUCUUUUUCCAUUUAAGGUCGUUUUGGUACCACUGUGAUGUCAUAAUAUGGGUACCAAAUUAAAGCGUACAUUACAAGCUUUAAGAUGAUACCAAAUAUGUCAUCAUUCAUUUGAUUAAAAUGGUAACUGAAAUAAGCUCAAAAGAUAUGCCACACCCCUACCCCAUCCAUUUUUGGGGUCAUUGAAACAUGCCAAAAUCUCAAAUAAUGCAGGCAUCAUCAUGGGUCGUUUUUGGCCCCGUUUUAUUUCAAAUAUCAUGUUUCUGCAUACCAUUUUUUUCUCGGAAAUGUCUCACCUACCUCAAACAGUUACAUUUGUACUGAAUAAGAAAAGAUUUGGUCAUUUUGGAGUUAUUACACCAAAAGUAGAGACUUUUAUUAAUUUCGUCAAAAUGUUGCAUUUGUUACAACAUGGCAAAUUUUGGUUAUAGACCAAUCAAAAUAAAAUGUUUCCCUAUUUUUAACAAAUAAAUUAUAAUCAAAACCAAUGAAAUUCUAUGUUAAGAUUUCUCUAAGGAAUGUGCAUGCAAAAUGUGGUGACUUAUCUCUUAAAAGUGUAGAAAUGAGAGUAAAUAUACAGACUUGGGCCUUGUGUUGUCUCAGCUACUAUUUAGAUACAUUUUUGUCCUGUUAUUCAGUAUUUGUUAUUUGAUAUUGAAAAGCACAGCUCGGAUUUAGAGUCCAUGUUUAGAGUGUACCUGAACAUGUACAUUUAUCUUUCUAAUCACACCAUUCCAGAGCUGUUACCCCCAGCCGAAUCGUAAAGUACAUGUCUGGUAUUGUUUUGAAAAGUUUUUAAAGGAAUGUUGCUCAGAGAACCAUUUUGGAUCAAUGAUGAAAUGUCUUGCGGGAGCAUUCCCUUGAACUUUGUAGAAAUAUGUUUCCGAGGAGAGUGGGUACGCAUCAUCUUCUGCCCAGUCUCUGUUAGGGGUCUCUACUUUAGAUUCAACUGCAAACGGAAGUCGUUCUGGCACUACC